UUGGUGAACCACAGGCACUCUCUUGUUCCCUUCAGCUGAGUGGAAACGGACCAUCCUGCAGUUUGGGAGCCAAACUGGAACUCCUUCCAUCUGUACCCCAGGACAUUUAGGAAUUUGGAUGGACUCCACAGGAAGGUUUUACAGAGCACUUAAUCAAGUGCUCCGGAGGAGGCUACGUUUCAGGAAAGCUCUCUUGGAUCCAAGAUAAAGGCGGGGUGUAAAAUAGAAAACAAGAGUUGCCUGACUCAGAGAGGUCCUCUGAUUUCCUCUGCGCUCCAGAAGGCACCUCUCCCAGCUUAAACAGCUUGGUGCCAUGGCUCUGGAGCAGAACCAGUCAGUGGAAUACUACUAUGAGGAGAAUGAGAUGAACUACACUCACGACUACAGCCAGUAUGAAGUGAUCUGCAUAAAAGAAGAGGUCAGGCAGUUUGCAAAAGUCUUCCUGCCUGCCUUCUUCACGGUAGCCUUUGUCACUGGGCUCGCAGGAAACUCCGUAGUAGUGGCAAUCUACGCCUAUUACAAGAAACAGAGGACCAAGACCGAUGUGUACAUUCUGAACCUGGCUGUAGCAGACUUGUUGCUUCUGAUCACGCUGCCUUUCUGGGCAGUUAAUGCAGUUCAUGGAUGGAUUCUAGGCAAAAUGAUGUGCAAAGUAACGUCAGCCCUGUACACGGUAAACUUUGUCUCUGGGAUGCAGUUCCUGGCUUGUAUCAGCAUUGACAGAUACUGGGCAAUCACGAAGGCCCCCAGCCAAUCAGGAGCAGGGAGACCCUGUUGGAUCAUCUGUUGCUGUGUGUGGAUGGCUGCCAUCUUGCUGAGCAUACCCCAGCUGGUUUUUUACACAGUGAAUCAGAAUGCUAGGUGCACUCCCAUCUUUCCCCACCACCUAGGAACAUCCCUGAAAGCAUCCAUUCAGAUGCUGGAAAUCGGCAUUGGCUUUGUGGUCCCAUUUCUCAUCAUGGGCGUGUGCUAUGCCAUUACCGCCAGGGCGCUCAUCAAGAUGCCCAACAUUAAAAAGUCUCGGCCUCUCAGGGUUCUGCUCAUGGUGGUGGUUGUUUUCAUUGUCACCCAGCUGCCCUAUAACGUUGUUAAGUUCUGCCAAGCCAUAGAUGCCAUCUAUCUGCUGAUCACCAACUGCGAUAUGAGCAAGCGCAUGGAUGUUGCCAUCCAAGUCACAGAGAGCAUAGCGCUCUUCCACAGCUGCCUCAACCCCAUCCUGUAUGUCUUCAUGGGGGCCUCUUUCAAAAACUAUAUCAUGAAAGUGGCCAAGAAAUAUGGAUCCUGGAGAAGACAGAGACGAAACGUGGAGGAAAUUCCUUUUGAUUCUGAGGGUCCUACGGAGCCAACCAGUUCUUUUACCAUUUAAAUAUAAAACUGCUCUCUGCCUCUGCUUUUUGCUUAGACACAACACACACACACACACACACACACACACACACACACACACACACACACACGAGUGAUGUUUCCUCCUCAAAUAAAAUAUUUGUGCUACACCGAGACUCAACCAUCAAACUCCAAAUACUGUUGUUGCAAUGUAUAACAAAGAAGGAGUAAGGGGUGGGGGUGGGGUAAGGAAGACAGACGCCAGAGAGUAAACAAGUGGGCAAAGUGUGGAAACUAAAGCUAAUGACAGGAAAACAGCUUGGCAGGAGGGAGAAACACAUUGUGCCACAAAGAGGAAGUCUGUGUGUGUGGGCUCUGUGUGUGUGUGUGUGUGUAUGUGUGUGUGUGUGUGUGUGGGAAGGGGCGUUUUGCAUCUUCACCACAGUGGUGGUUAUUCAAAUCUGACAGCAACUGUAAUUCUGUAAUAUAAAACCCUGGGUAAUGCGUGCCCAGGACCAUCCUGUACAAUCUCUGUAACUUCCUGUGAGUAAACAACUUCACAAUAAAAAGUUAGAAGAGGAAACAUUAUGCUGUGAG